AUGAUCCAGAAAAGGCUACAAGGAUGCGCUGCGUGUUACUUUAACACCAGUCGGUGUUUUGGAAGUGUUGGACAUGAAUCUGUUCAGCUAGAGUGGAUCAUGGUGGAUGUUCCCUUACUAACUCAUAUAUCUGAAACUACAGACUGCAGCUCAUCUUCCUGCCAGGCAUCAUCUGCUUCAGACGAUUCUGUUCCUGAAGGCUAUUUAAUCUUGACAUUCGAUAAAAAGAAGAAAGCUGUUUUAAAAACCGCUGUGUUUGCAGAUGUUUCGGAUCCUAGAUUUGCAGAUGAUUAUGAAGAUGAUGAUGAAGAGGAAAGUAAUGAUAAUUGUUGGCCACUUCAUGAGUCCAAGUUAGCUGUUCGCCAACAGGAAAAUGAUGGCGUACUUGAAAAUGAAGUUACUGAUGCCAAAGGUUUUUUGUCGAAACCUCUUGUUAUUUCUACGGAUGCAGCUGACAAAACUUCAUCUUAUACUUCAUGUUACGGCGAAGCCUUUUGGGUUGGUGAAGAUGAGCUGAACGCAAAACAAAAUACCGCAGGUUCUUGGGAUCUAUCGCCUGGUAACAAAGCAUCCCAAAGUUUAAUACGUACUAGUCCUUUGACGUGUGAUACUCAUUCAGUGACUCCGACUUCAACUUUACAGUCAUCUACUGAAAGCUGGUCUUUGAGCACACCUCAAUCAACAAUAACUCGACUAACCGGCACUUUCCCUUAUCGCAAAGCUACAUAUCCAAUUAAUCAUCUUGCCAGAAAAUACAACCAUAACACUUUUUCUUCUCACUUCCAGCCUAAAUGGCCUAGAGCAUUUAAUGUCCAUUUAGGUGAUCAUUCCAAGAAGAUGCUCAGGUGUGACCAAUGUGGUAAAUAUUACCGUAAUGAUUAUAGCCUACAUCAUCAUAUUUGCUUAAAGCGCAAAGAUGUGUGGAAGAAAGGUGAUGUGCCUUCUGAAAUGAUUGAUGGUCAAGUUAUGUAUUUUUGUCCCAGUUGCCGUAAGCCUUUUAAAUGGCUUGGUAACCUUACACGACAUUUCUAUGUGCAUACAGGUCAAAGAUUCUUUCGGUGUGAUAUUUGUUCUAAAGAAUUUUUUUCUGCUUACCAAGUUAAAAGACAUAUGAAUUCACAUACAGGUGUCCGUUUCAAAUGUGAAGUAUGUGACAAACCUUUUACAUGUAAAUACGCCUGUGCUUGGCAUACUAGACAACAUUAUGCUUAUUCAUUAAAAUGAUUUUAAGAAUUUCUCUCUGAUUCUUCCAAAUGAAUUUUUAGCAACGAAUAUAUACAUACCUACACUUUGCUUUUUUACGUUUCAAUGAGAGAUAUUCAAACAUACACCUUGCACAAUGAUUUAUUUUUUUACUAAUAAAAUUUCAAUAUUAGCCAAUGUUUUUAAUAUCUUUCUUGUAUUCAAUAUAUAUUAUAUCACAUUAAUAAUUCACGUGCCUUAAGUUACGCUACAUAAUGCUCGCCAUCAGCGUCUUGGAUAUUUUGAUAACUUGUGAGUAUAUUUAUUGAUAAUAUACACUUACAUCACACUUUCUAAUCAACUGAGAGAUUGCUCAAUUCCCUCAUGGUGUGUUUGUUACAUCUCAAUGAUAUUUCAUUAAAACAGUAUUCUUUUAUAUUAUGAUUUUGCCUCUUAUGAUAAUUAUCAACUGUGGCGGGUAAUAAAUACAAAUACUGUGCUGUGACAUAGAAAACCUGUUUGCACCUCUUACUAGCCUUUAUAAUAAACACUAUCGUUGAGUAUUUCUUUGUUUUUGUAACUAUUUUUUAUAUACAUGUUUACACUGUUUUUGAUAGAGUAUCGUAUUAUGCAACAAAAAAAGUGAACAAUCUGACAUAGGUGACCCUUCGCCAACACCUGUUCUUCCAAAUAUUCCUAUCUCCUCUAUCAUUAUUACCUACUUUGGAAUCUGUUGUGCCUUGCUUUAUUCGGUUAUAGUAGCUGUUUGCCUCUUUGUAUGCACUUGGUUUUUAUAUAUAAUUGCCUUUUUUCCUAAUUAUUAUUAUUAUUACCAUUUAUUAUUAACAAUCUAAAUUCAAGAAUUUUUUUUGUAGAAAUUGGUGAUUAUUUUUUGCUUGGUUUCUUAUUGUUAUUCUGACAAUUUUAAUGAAAAUAAAAUUUCUUUUU